AUGAAAGGUUUUGUCCACGAGAACGUAGCCGUGGAAAUAACCGCUAGCAAUGUAACAUUGUAAAUGAAGUGUGUAUUUCAAAAAGCUAGAAAUAGACAGCUAAUAAAUGCCGUGUGUUUAAAUCGUAAAGACUAUAGCGUACUAGAAAACGUAGGUGUUUUUGAAAAUCUUUUUAUUACACAAGUCAUUGACAUUUACUUUUCUAACCUACGGAUGGUAGUACAGCUUCAGUGAAAAAGUUGCUUUUGAAAGCUAUAAAACGUUUCUCUGUCUAAUGUAACAGGCAAAAAAAUGCGAUGUUUUUUAUUCAUAAACAAUCUUUGGUCCAAAGCUACAUCCUCUAGCAUAGACAUGUCGUCUAGCCCUGGUGUUUAGCUGGUUUGCAUUAAAAGUAAACUGUUCCUCAUCAGAGCUAAACUGUUCUUCAUCAGAGUUAAACGGGACCUCCUCGCAGUUAAUCGGGUUCUCCCUGAAAUUUUCUCUGGUCGGUGAUACAACGGACGUAGGUUUAUUGAUGUUCUGUUUCACUGUCUUCUUUUGAGGUUAUUUUCGCCGUUUGCUCUUGACGUUUUGUUUCACAGGAUUCGCCUUGAUUGUCCCUAAUUUUUUCUGCUUCUGUUCAGAUUGCUUUCGGUGUUUGUUUUUCACUAACGGUGGAUCUAUGGAACGUUUUCGAGAUACCAGUUCAGGUUUAUCUGCCUCCGAUACUGUUUUAGUACAAGUGGUUAUGUUAGGAUAACAGUGGCAGUUUUCAAACACCUCGGCCACAACUUGUUUCUCUGUUGGAGUCUUGGGUUGAUUGUCCACCAAAAGAUACCCAUAAGGCUUUUCGGUUUCUUUCGCAUAGACUUUCAUAAAGUUUGACCUGUCUUUCGCAAAAAUCCGCUCCGCCACCAUGUCGAUUUGCUUACGAUCACUGGGACUACGAAAAAGUGUUGGUACUGUGCGUUCCUGCUAAUAUCUGUGUUGAAUUUCCCUUUCGGAAACAUAUUUUGCAGUAAUAAUAUCACGCUAGCAUUGCGAUGACGGCCUUGUGUAAACAGUGUUGAUAACACGGGACUGUCAGUUGCCUUGCUCAUUAGGUCAUCAAACACCAACACAUUGUGAAACUUCGGAUUGAUUUCUCUUAGAUCUUCACUCAGUGCAGGUAAGCCUUGGGUAAACACAAUCUCAUCACUUAGUGUAGAUUGCAAGGACGCAUACCGUGGUUGCCAUUGAUUAUAAAACCAGAAAAUAUGUCUCUGUUUCUUACUGGGGUACUUGAUACAAUUCUUCUUUAACAGUGAAAGACGUUUUUCCACACUGACUUGGCCCCACCACGAGCAUCGAAAACAUGUGGUUAAACUUAAAGUCUGGGUAAGGCCUCGUCUCUAAACAGUUAGUUGUUUGUAGCUUGGUUACUUUUCGCUGUUUCGGUUCAGUCUUUAGAGCUUGUCUAACGGGUUGUAAUGGUUGAGGGGUGUGGCUCCAAGGAGGAGGUGGCAUUCCCCAAAAGGGGUAAGGAGCCAUGUAAGGUAAUCCAGUGGAUUUUGCUGAGGAAAAGAUCGCAGAUUUUAGCCACGGUUUUCGUUCUUCACUGGAUAACUGAUGGACUUGGGCUAGGUGGUGACUUAAAGACAGUAGACCACUCUUAUAACAGAUUGGACAAUUUCGUCUGUUUCGAUAAGGCAUGUUGACUCUUCGGCGUCUUAUCACAGCUAGUCGCUUUUCCACAAAGUCUCAUCCUAUUUAUACCUUUUCGAUUCAUUCAGUUAAAUGUAGGGUGCCUGUGAGGUGCCUGAGGGUGCCUGUAGGGUGCCUGUGGGGUGCCUAUAGGGUGCCUGUGGAGUGUCUGUGGGGUGCCUGGGGGUGCCUGUGGGGUGCCUGUGGUCGAUGAAAAUUCAUAGACUCCAGUGCAGAUUGCUUAGAACUAAACAACUGUAAUACACAUUUCAUUCCAAUUUUAUUUGCAGACUUUUUCCGCACGUUACAAAAUUAAGUUGCAGGCUUUUUCAACACGUUACGAAAAUAACUUGCAGACUUUUUCAACAUGUUACGAAAUUAACUUGCAGAGUUUUACUGCAAUCUUUUUACUCCUCAUAGAAUGACAAGUUCAUCAGUAGUCCUCGAUCCAAGUUUUGUUUCAUGGUUAACUGGUCAGCUAAGGCUUCUGAGAUUUUGUCUAUGGUGUUAUAAGACCAUUUGUCAGGGGUGCAUUCACACGUAUAGGUUACCUCAACAUGUUCUCUGGAGGAGGUCUGUAUUUUGAUGAGAGAGGUCUUGGGUGUUUUUCUCUGCUCAAUGAUUGCAUUGAAACCAUGAUACAGAGGAUACACGACUUCAAAAACUAAGUUACGGACCCCCUGUUUUGUAGUAGUCUGUCGCUUUAGAUCUACCACAUACAAAUCUGUGUCUCCAAUUUUGGUAUAGGUUGCUUUAAACAAUGGAUAGUCAAUCGCCGUGUGUAACCAAGAGAGAUUAUCCUCUUUCUCAGUCUUCAUUACGCUCUCUCUUUUCUCACGUUCAGCCCGCAUUUCUUCUAUAUCUCUGUCCCAUUCACGCUGUUCUGCGGGAGUCCAAUCGUCAUACCCUCCUAUCCACAUGAUGAUUUGUGAUAAAUGAUAGAUAGAAUAGCACACCCCUUUCUCUUAUACCUCACCUCAGGCAUUAUCAGUUGUACGUUCGAUUGCCUAGAGGUAACAUGUCUGUUAUGGGUGGUUCCGUAGAAGCACUUUCUACCAAGACUGGUAAUGAACCCACCCAAAAAACCAUGCCUGCCAAGACCAGGUUGAAGGGUUAUCGACAAAAACUGAUGACGAUCAAAGCUAGAAUCAAGUAUCGAGAGCAUACCCUCAAAGGGUUCAAAAAACAUCUCAAGAAUGGUACGUUUCCGCAAAGAAGAAAAUCGAUAAAACCAUACCCAAAAAUGAGUUCCCCCAAAGCUCAAGCUAUCGUCAAUGCUGCCUGUGAUCAAGUGCAAAGUGUCAUUUUGCAUCAAAUGAUUCAAGAAGAAGAGAAGAAGCUCUCUCAAGAUCAAGACAGUUAUCAAACUAUGAGGAAGCAACGGGAAGGUGAUCGUCGGCAGCUCAAGGCCCCUAAAAAAUCCAAGAAACCUACAGUGGCUCAACUCCAGCAAGAGCUCGCAGACUUGCAGUCAAAAUAUACCCAACUGUGUAGUAAAUUAGAAAACAGUCAGUGA